AUGUCGGAUAAUAGUGUGGAUAUCCCGAAUGAAUGCAUAACCGCCUUCAACGAGCUCGUCUAUACGAAAGGAGCAAAGAAGCCUACCUUUGUGAUUUACAAAAUCUCCGAAGACAAAAGUUCCGUCAUUGUGGAGGACAGCUCUUCAGAUAAGAAUUACGAAGCAUUCCUCCACAAGCUCACUUCGUCUGUUGACCAUGAAGGGAACCGUGCACCUCGUUACGCAGUAUACGACGUUGAGUAUAAUCUAAAAGACGACGGUCGAAGAGCAACAAUUGUCUUCAUAAGUUGGAUGCCCGAGGAAACGUCUACCCGGUUCCGUAUGCUGUAUGCCGCCACGAAGGAGCAGCUUCGAAGAGCCCUUGAUGUCAAAGUUUCGAUUCAUGCCGAUGACCUGCGUGACAUAGAAUGGAAGGUGGUUUUGAGAGAAGCUAGUGGGGGACGAGUUUGA